UUGAGUAUUCUGCUGUCUAACCGGAAAGCACUUAUAGAACUUAUCGGAUAAACGACUGAUUGAUGUUAGAGAAGUUGAUUAAUUGAAUACCGAUAAUGGGCAAGCAGCUUGAAAUUAAGGAAGAGAAGGAAGGGGAGCAUGUCGAAACCAAGGAUUUCUUCUUCGAGAAAAUCGGUGAACCCGUACCUGUCAGGUCAGAUUUCCAGUUCGAUCUCCAAAGCCCUCCUUCAAAGCCUCUCGCCCUCAGUCAACGUUUACAGCUGCUGUUUCUAGCUCAUUCUUCUGGGUUCUUGGUGGCGAGGACCAAGGAUGUGAUUGAUUUGGCUAAGGACAUUAAGGAAAAUGACACCUCUUCUAGCAUUGAAGAUCUGAGUGUGGUGGAUGUUCCAAUUGGUAAGGUUCACAUCCUUGCUCUUUCAACCACUGACGAUACCAUACUUGCGGCUUCUGUUGCAGCUGAUAUUAAUUUUUUCAGUGUCAACUCCCUACUCACUAAGGAUAUAAAGCCAUGUUUCUCCACUUCAUUAUCUGGGUCAAGCGUUGUCAAGGAUAUUCAAUGGAGAGAAAGGAAAGAUAAUUCUUUCCUUGUUCUUUCAGAUGAUAGAAAGCUAUAUCACGGAAAUAUUUCUCAUCCUCUUAAGCAUGUGAUGGACGAUGUUGAUGCUGUUGAAUGGAGUGUAAAAGGUGCUUCUGUUGCUGUGGCAAAAGAUAAUACUCUUAGUAUUUUGUCAUCCAGUCUCACUGAGAAAUUAUGCAUAACUCUUCCAUUCAAGUCCUGGGUUGGUGAUUCCGAUGAUUGCACUUUAAAAGUGGAUACAAUCAGAUGGAUUCGUUCCGAUUGCAUUAUUCUCGGAUGCUUUCAGUUUACCAGAGAUGCACAAGAGGAAAAUUACCUUGUCCAAGUAGUCAAAAGCAAGACAGGAAAAAUCACCGAUACUACUUCCGAUUUGGUCGUUCUAUCCUUCAGUGAUUUGUUUGCGGGUCUAAUUGAUGACAUUGUGCCCUUCGGAACCGGGCCUUACUUAUUUUUGAGCUAUUUGGAGGAAUGUGAGCUUGCUAUUGCUGCUAACAGAAAGAAUACAGAUCAGCAUAUUGUGUUGCUCGGUUGGUCACUUGGUGAGAUGAGUGAGGCUUCAAUUGUUGAUAUUGAACGUGAUAAGUGGCUCCCCAGGAUUGAGCUUCAAGAUAAUGGUGAGGAUAAUUUGAUCAUGGGGCUUUGCAUUGAUAAAGCAUCUAUGUUUGGGAGUGUUAAGGUGCAACUUGGCGUUGAAGAAGUCAAGGAGCUUUCACCAUAUUGUGUUCUAAUAUGCCUUACAUUAGAGGGCAAGCUUAUCAUGUUUCACAUUGCAAGUGCUGGUGAAAAUGCUGUUCCACCUGAUAUUUCUGCCCUUUCUGAUAAAGAAGAGAAUACCUCUGCUGUGGUAUCUGCUGAAUUUGAUCCACCUAAACUUACUUAUGGACAGGUUGAACAAAAGUCAGAACUGGUAGCUUUGUCUCCCUCAUUCAUGGAUAAAAGCAAAACAAAGCCUCUUACUUAUGGAAGUAGUGGUGUUCCUAUUAAAAGUGAUGAAAACCCUUCUCAAUUGAACAUGAAUUCAGUUAGACAUGCUACUGAGCAACCAUUCCAUGAAGAUGAUGUUCAAAGCUCAGUGUCCUUAAAAAACUCCCAGUCUUUUGAAUCUGUAUGCCAACAAAAACCUCCAACCUCAAAGCCAUACCAAGAAGCAGGUACUCAACAAAAAAUGUUUUUUAGAGAGCAGGGUACUAAUUCAGGACAAUCAUUUCUGACUACUUCCCAAAUAGAGGGACUUGAUAACAAGGUGAGGGAUGGUAGUCAAACAGAAACUCAAACAAUUUCAGGAUUUGGAUCUAUUGCUUCUUCUGUGGGGAAAGUUUCGGAAGACUCAUUACAACCAAAUCAUGGGAGCAUACCGAUAAAAAAUGAGCUGAUUAAGGAACCAGUUGCUAAAGCUAGAUCAGUUGGCCUGCAGACUGCAUCAGUUCAGUUAUGGUCAAAUCCAUCAUCCCAGCCAUUUUCAAGUGGAAAAUUCACGCUUUCAAAGGAGUCUGAUGCUAGAGGUUCAUUUUCAUCUUCAAGUCCUUUUCAGUAUAAUAGUUGUCAGAGUACCAGAGGUGCCACAAGCUUUCCUGGUGGCAAUGUUGGAAAACCUUCAGAUCCAAAAGAUUAUACUGGUAUAUCAGUUUCCGUCGAUAAAAUUUCAGCCACACCAUUAGAUACUGGGGCUCAGAAAUCUUCAAUGGGAGCAGGAAUUAUUGAGUCAGUACCUUUAAUUCGUGGGUCACAGUUAUCAUCCCAGCUAAAUUUGGCAAUGGAAAAGUCUCUCAAACAAAAUCUUUAUCCCCUCAAGGAUGACCGCAAAUCUGCAACCCAGUCAAGGACGUCGAAAUCAGAACCACAGAUUAAAGAAAUGGCCAAAGAAUUGGACACACUUCUAGAAUCUAUAGAAGAACCUGGUGGCUUUAGGGAUGCUUGCACUAUUUCUCAGAGAAGUUCAGUUGAAGAGCUGGACAAGGGUAUAUCAGUUCUUUCUGAAAAAUGCAGGAGUUGGAAGAAUGUAAUGGAUGAGCAGCAUGGGAAGCUCCAACAUCUUCUUGAUAAAACUGUUGAAGUUUUAGCAAGGAAAAUAUACAUAGAAGGUAUUAUAAAACAAGCUUCUGAUAGCCAAUACUGGGACCUGUGGAAUUGCCAAAAGUUAAGUCCUGAGGUUGAGCUUAAGCAGCGACAUAUAUUGAAAUUGAAUCAGGAGUUGACCAAUCAGUUAAUUGAAUUAGAGAGGCAUUUCAACACCUUUGAGCUCCAUAAAUUUGGUGAUAAUGAUGGAGUUCAUGCAAGCCGGAGAGCUUUACAUAGUAGAUUUGGGCCUUCAAGACACUUUCAGUCCCUGCAUUCUUUACAUAGCACAAUGAGUUCACAACUAGCAGCUGCCGAGCAACUUUCUGCUCAUCUCUCGCAACAAAUGGCUAUGCUGAGUGUAGACUCACCUGUGAAACAACAAAAUGUGAAGGAGUUGUUUCAAAUGAUUGGAAUAACGCAUGAUGCCUCUCUAACCUCUCCACGUGCUACAAAGCCUAGCAAUAGUUCUAAGAAAUUUGUUAUUUCCUCUGGGUCCUCUGCUUCUAGAAAUCAGUCGAGGAGAAACCAAUCCAGUGCUCUGAAGAGUUCUGACCCAGAAUAUUCUAGGAGGAGGAGGGACUCACUGGACCGGAGCUGGGCUAGUUUUGAGCCUCCAAAAACUACUGUAAAAAGGAUGCUUCUGCAAGAAUCAGCAGAUGUAAAAGGAUCACUUAUAAAAGAUAAGCAUAACUUUAGUCCUAAUGCUUUUGAGGAACCAAAAAGUUUCUUUUCGAAGGAACUUACAGCAACUUCAACCACAUUGCAUAAAUCUGGAAAUGAAGAAGUUAAAACAAGAAGUCUGGAUGCAUUACCAAAACAGCAAUCUGAGUCAAAUGUUUUCCGAGGGGAUAACAAUCCUCUACAACCACCACAGUCUGCUGGGUGGAAAUCUUCUACAGUUCAAACAAGUAACUUCACUGCUUUGUCAUCAACAUCAGGAUCACAGUCUAUGAUGGUGCAGAAUCAUUCUGGUGAAACAUGCUGUAUCCCUGUUGCUAAACAAAACUUUGGAGCUUCUCAGGGUGAGAGGUCUAAUACAUCUUUCAAUGAGAAUGAAAGUCAUGCCAGUUUACAGUUUAGACCUAAUCUAUAUCAAGAGUCAUCGGUCUCCAAGGUGGCUUCAUCGCCAAAGAAAUCUACUGAUGUCUUGACAUCAGAUCGCAAAUGGACCGUGCUUGUAAAUUCAGCUUUAGGGGAUGUGAAACAUGUGCCAUCUACAACAAAGAGUACACUAUUUGGUUCUUCUAACAGUACCAACUCUCAGUUCAUACCUCAAGCUGCUUUUCCUUCAUCUGCUGCCCCAUAUGCCGAAGUUUCACAAUUCAAUACUGUAGCAAGCAAAAGCCAGCUAAUUGAAAAGGUACCACAGUCUCCUGCAUUCUCUAAACCAGUUUCAGAUUCGUCAUCAUUAUUCAGUUCAUCAACUCCAUCGUUAUCAUCAUCAUUUUCAACUAUGCCGACUCCAUCAGAAACAUCAAUCACCACAUCAAUUAAUGUCUCAUCAUCUACAGCAACUAGUUCUACAUUGGCGCCAAAAUUUUCCUUUUCAACAUCAUUGUCAGCAGCAUCUACUUCAUCACCUGCGACAAAAUUUAGUGAAUCUACAACAAGUUCUAUAGUUUCAGUAGAUGAUGCUAAUAAAAAAAAUUCAUCUUCCUCAUCAUCUGUUCCUUUCCCUGCUUUUGUUUCUUCUGUUUCCUCGUCCAUUCACCCUUUCCAAGUGCCUGUGCCCUUGCCUUCUGAUCCAUCUCCUGUGAAUUCGUCUGAUGUUUUGAAAAUUGAGGCUCAACUGCGUAAGGAAAUACUUGGCUUGACAAAAGACGCAGAUUCGAUGAUACAGACACCACCUCUGCAACAUGAAUUUCCAGCAGCAGAAUUGGGCUUGAAGCCUCAAUUUGCAGUAUCAUCUCCAAUGAAAAGCGUGACUCCUACUGGAGUGUCAUCUGGAAGCCAAACCAGCAUCAUUGAUGUUGCAGGUCCUUUAACUAAUUUGGCAUCAAAUGCUCAGCCACUGCAGCCUUCUGCGGGAGAUAAUCUUUCAGCACCAUUGUCAACUAGCAUUAGUACUGUUGAUGGAAAAAGCGGAACAUUGGAUGUCACACAAGAGGAUGAGAUGGAGGAGGAGGCUCCCGAGACAAGCCAAGUGGCUGAACUUGGCUUGGGAAGCUUAAGUAGCUUUGGAAUUGGCUCAACUACUAAUCCAACUGCUCCUAAGCCUAACCCAUUUGGAGCCUCAUUUGAAGUUAUGGCGACAAGUCCAGCUACCUCUUCAUUCACCCCAACUGUUCAUACCGGGGAGUUGUUUAAACCUGCAUCUUUUACUUUCCAACCUCCACAGCCUUCCCAAUCGGCUCAACCUGCAAGUUUUGGUGCAUUCUCUGGUGGUUUUGCAUCUAGCAUACCUGGUCAAGCUCCUGCUCAAGGUGCUUUUGGCAAACCCGCGCAGCUUGGAGCUGGACAACAGGCUUUGGGGUCAGUUCUUCGUGCUUUUGGGCAGUCACGGCAGCUUGGUACUGCUCUAUCAGGAAGUAGUUUUGCUUCCGGGAGCAGUUUUGGUGGUGGUUUUGCAAGUCCUCAAUCUGCUGCUGGAUUCUCUAACGCUGCAACAGGUGGGUUUGCUGGUAUGACCUCUACUACUGGUGGCUUUGGUGGUUUGGCUUCAGGUGGUGGUGGAUUCGGCGGUCUGGCUUCAGGUGGUGGUGGUUCUGGCGCCACUGGAGGAUUUGCUGCUGCUGCAACAGGGGGUGGCGGGUUCGGCGCUUUUGGCAGCCAACCGACAAAUGCUGGUGGUUUCUCAGCCUUUGGAGGUGGUGGACAAACUGGAAAACCAUCUGAGCUUUUCACACAGAUGAGAAGAUAGUUUUUACGAUUUCUUUACAGAUAAGGACUUUAAUUUGUUUGUAGGUGCCGAGUAUAUAGCCUUUAACAUUUUUUAUAAAUCAAUAUUUUAACAAGCCAGUAGUUUUAGCAAUGUAAUUGUAAGCAGUUU